GGUUAAAGAAAUAAAAGCCUGCGUUGUCCCUUUGCGUCCAAUGUUAUAAUCAAACGCAGUACUGUCAGGUGGACUGGGUUUUGCAACACACACAUCCUUCUCCUCCCUUCCUCUAACUACCGCCACCGCGUCUCGGAGGGGAAGACAGUGUCAACCACCACUUCCACCACCACUACCCUCUUCAUCGCUAAAUUUUCAUUCUCCCUUUCAACUUCACGAUGACGCUCCAUUUCUCCACUCUUUAACUUAACCUCCCUCUCCCACUUCCCAUGCCCUAUCUUCUCUCCACUACUUGAAGAACCUUCUCGGUGCAAAAUUAUCACUGUGUGAUUCAGAUGGCUUGGAUGGAAGAUAAUGAUGGGAAUGGAAAAGAAAAGGAAUUAGGUGGAAAAGAAAAAGAGUUAGGUGGGAAUAAUGGUUUUCCGAAAGUGACAGAACCAUCUGUUAGUUCUGGUGGCUCUGGUGGGGACGAUAUUUCUUAUGCCAACAUUUUGCGUUCGAGGAACAAGUUUGUGGACUCUCUUGCUUUGUAUGAACGUGUGUUGGAGAGUGAUGGUGGAAAUGUGGAGGCUCUCAUUGGAAAAGGGAUAUGCUUGCAGAUGCAGAAUAUGGGUAGGCUUGCUUUUGAUAGUUUCUCCGAGGCUAUUAAGUUGGAUCCUCAGAAUGCUUGUGCUCUCACGCAUUGUGGUAUUCUUUAUAAAGAAGAAGGUCGCUUGAUGGAGGCAGCCGAGUCAUAUCAAAAGGCUUUACGAGUGGAUCCUGCGUACAAAGCAGCUGCUGAAUGCUUAUCCAUUGUUCUGACGGAUAUUGGUACCAACAUAAAGCUUGCAGGAAACACUCAGGAGGGAAUUCAAAAAUAUUUUGAAGCCCUCAAAAUAGAUCCGCACUAUGCUCCAGCAUAUUAUAACCUUGGUGUGGUCUAUUCUGAAAUGAUGCAAUAUGACAUGGCUCUCACUUUCUAUGAAAAAGCUGCAUCAGAGAGGCCUAUGUAUGCUGAAGCAUAUUGCAACAUGGGCGUGAUUUAUAAAAAUCGAGGUGAUUUGGAAGCAGCUAUUGCUUGUUAUGAGAGGUGUUUAGCUGUUUCACCUAACUUCGAGAUUGCAAAAAAUAAUAUGGCUAUAGCUUUGACAGAUUUGGGAACAAAGGUUAAAUUGGAGGGUGACAUCAACCGGGGUGUGGCUUUUUAUAAGAAAGCCUUGUAUUAUAAUUGGCAUUAUGCUGAUGCUAUGUAUAAUCUCGGGGUUGCUUAUGGUGAGAUGCUUAAGUUUGAUAUGGCUAUUGUGUUCUAUGAACUCGCCUUCCAUUUCAAUCCACAUUGCGCGGAAGCUUGUAAUAAUCUAGGCGUUAUAUAUAAAGAUCGUGACAACCUCGAUAAAGCUGUAGAAUGCUACCAGGGUAAAAUGGAUGCUGCUGCAAGUAUGAUUGAGAAAGCUAUCAUUGCAAAUCCAACAUAUGCAGAAGCAUACAAUAACCUAGGAGUUCUUUACAGGGAUGCUGGUGAUAUUGCUCUAGCAAUUAAUGCUUAUGAACAAUGUCUCAAGAUUGAUCCUGACUCUCGAAAUGCUGGCCAGAACCGCUUGCUUGCGAUGAAUUACAUAGAUGAAGGAAAUGAUGACAAACUUUUUGAAGCUCACAGGGAUUGGGGUAGGCGAUUUAUGAGACUAUAUCAACAAUUCACAUCAUGGGAUAACUCAAAAGAUCCCGAACGGCCUCUUGUGAUAGGAUAUGUAUCUCCUGAUUAUUUUACACACUCUGUGUCAUAUUUCAUAGAAGCUCCCCUUAUCUAUCAUGACUAUGCCAAAUAUAAAGUGAUUGUUUAUUCAGCCGUUGUCAAGGCAGAUGCAAAAACCAAUCGGUUUAGAGAGAAAGUCUUAAAAAAGGGCGGGAUCUGGAAAGAUAUAUAUGGGACUGAUGAAAAGAAGGUUGCCGAUAUGGUUAGAGAAGAUCAAGUUGAUAUUUUGGUUGAACUUACUGGUCAUACUGCAAACAAUAAGCUGGGAAUGAUGGCAUGUCGACCCGCUCCAGUUCAGGUGACUUGGAUUGGUUAUCCCAAUACUACAGGAUUACCUACAAUUGAUUAUAGAAUCACUGAUUCACUGGCAGACCCUCUUGAAACAAAGCAGAAGCAUGUUGAAGAGCUAGUCCGAUUACCAGAUUGCUUCCUUUGUUAUACUCCUUCCCCUGAGGCUGGUCCUGUGUGUCCAACUCCUGCUCUUUCCAAUGGUUUUAUCACAUUUGGUAGUUUUAACAAUCUUGCCAAGAUUACUCCUAAAGUUUUGAAGGUUUGGGCAAGGAUACUGUGUGCAAUUCCAAAUUCUCGCCUUGUGGUAAAAUGUAAACCAUUUUGCUGUGAUAGUGUGAGACAGAGGUUUCUUUCAACACUAGAGCAGUUAGGCUUGGAACCACUACGUGUUGAUCUUCUGCCCCUUAUUCUUCUUAACCAUGAUCAUAUGCAAGCAUAUUCCCUAAUGGACAUCAGUUUGGACACAUUUCCAUAUGCUGGGACGACUACGACAUGUGAAUCUUUAUAUAUGGGAGUUCCAUGUGUUACAAUGGCUGGUUCAGUACAUGCGCACAACGUCGGUGUUAGUCUUCUUAGCAAAGUUGGUCUGGGGAAUUUGAUUGCCAAAAAUGAAGAUGAAUAUGUUAAAUUGGCCAUGAAGUUAGCCUCCGACGUUUCAGCAUUACAAAACUUGAGAAUGAGUCUGCGAGAGCUCAUGUCCAAGUCCCCUGUCUGUGAUGGAGCAAAAUUUGCCCUUGGUCUUGAAUCAACAUAUAGGCACAUGUGGCGCAGAUAUUGUAAAGGAGAUGUUCCGUCAUUGAAACGAAUGGAGUUAUUAGAACAGCCUGUCACUGCUGAAAAGAACUCUGAGCGAGCAGCAAUAGUUGCAAAGGUAAGUGACGGCAGCCCUGGAUCUGUCAUGGCCAAUGGAUUCAGUUCAAUGCAGCCACCCAAGCUUAAUAGUAAUGGCUGCGAAGAAAAUGGUGGGUCCUUGAAAUACAGUAGUAAGCAGGGAGUGGUGGAUGCAAGUUGAAUUUCAUCUGAGAAAUUCCUUUGCAGUUUGUGAUGAGUGGUUCGAGGAUGUUGAACUGUAUUACUAUAGGUAGAGUAUUAAGCUGGCAUGUAUAUUGUGGUAACUAUUGGAAGAGGCUUGCAGCAACCACAGCCUCACAAAAAGUAAUCUUUUCACAGAAGGCCAAUUUUUUUGGGAAAGAAGUGAGCAGUGAUUAUCAAAUCGAUUUGUCUCAACUGGUUUGGGUAUGCGAAGAGGCGGUGCUGUCUAAAUGACAUCCUUUGGUAGCUGUAGCACACCUUUUUCCCUGAAUUAUGAAUAGUGGCUAUAGCAUUAAAGCAUAGAGCAAUUUGAACAAAUCGCUAUUCUGCGAAAUAUUACGAAGUGAUAUAAAAUAGCAGCUAUGGUGCUAUAGCAUAGUAGAAUUUAAACAAAUUGUUAUUUUCUGGGAUGUGGUGUGAUUGACAAAACUAAUUAUAUAGUUAGAGUGUAGAUUGUGUGAUAUUUAUUUGCUGAUUUUCUUGUCUGGAAUCACAUUGUUGGUCAGUUUAUAAUGAGUUUUUCUGAAUGAUGACCGUGACAGUGUUCUUAUAGUCA